AUGUUCACCCUGCAUACUUACUUCUCAAUUACGGACAUGAUCAUGGGUAGUAGAACAGUGAAAUUGAAAUGGUACACAAAUGCCUAUCUUUUCAAACCUCAACAUCGUGGGAUCUCCAUUCGACAACACACAACUUUUAAACAUAAUUUACGACAAUUUCUCAUCUCUUGCAAGGCCUACGAAGCUUCUUGUAAUGGAAACUGGGGUCCGAGCACUGCGAGGGCCUCGGCCAGGGCUUUCUACAUUCCACCUCCGCGAGAACAACGCGACCCAGAACGAACAGGAUAUGAAUUAAGCAUUUGCCCGGGUAUACAUGAAGGAAGGAGAGGACACAUGGCAGAGAACGCCCCCAACUAUGUCGUGCGUGUAAGGAAUAGUAGAGUUUCCAUUCAUGUCGGGCAAGAACCAGUCCAACUGGCAUUUACCUAUAGUCAUAAGGAGAGUCAGAAUGAUCAAUCAAGUUCAAGUAUGAGACAAGCAUACCUUCAGUGUUUGGUGGGUAAUGCGAGAAGGAAAUGCAACUCAAUACGCAUCUGGCAGUCGGAAGGUUGGAAUCGAGCACGCGGAAAGCAAAUGAACCAAAACGAUGAACAGAGCGAGUUGAACCAUCGGCGUAUAUUUGAAAGUGGGGAAAAACGAAGGGAAGGAAAUGAAGACAUACCGGGUAUAAAUGGACGGAAAACAACCAGUAGGAAUACAAAAGUAACAUAUAGAGACCAAAUAACACCGAUAGGACAAAUGAGAGGGAUUUGGAAAUAUUGGAAAAGAAGGAGAAAUAGAGAAGCGGGUCCCUGGAUCAACAUGCCACUUUAG